AUUUUGACGAUUCUCCUCAAGAGGAUUCUCAAGAGGAUUCUCAAGAGGAUUUCCAAGAAGAAUCUAGUUUAAGUUGUUUCAGAAAACGAAGUCAUGAUGAUAGAAAUAAUCCUUCUAAUGCCACUUUUAAACCUGCACCUAAAAAAAAAAAUCGAUCUAAAUAUAAAAGAAAUAAUGUGUGUCAAGUUGUCGUGAAAGUAAAAAGAAAAGAGCAGAAGUGUGGAAUGGAGUAUACUCACGAUGGGUCAACUUCUAACAUGAUUGCUUAUCUGUGUUCAGUUCACAACAUUGUAGAUGAUAGUAAAUUAAAAGCCGAAAUUCAACAAGCACGCCAAACUAAAUUGCAUGAAAUAAUCAAGGUUAAUGCUCUACAUAAAAAUGCCAAACAAUCAAAAAAUAGCAAAGCA